AUGCGUGAAGUCACUGUGGUGGAUCCUAAGUGGCUGGUAGAACUCGCACCUAGGUUCUUCAAAGCUGCCGAUCCAACCAAAAUGAGCAAGCGCAAGCGCCAGGAACGUAUAGAGCCUCUUUAUGACAGAUAUCAUGAACCUAACUCUUGGCGGCUGAGUAAACGUCGAGCGUAG